AUGGAAGGUCCAGUUGGCCGACAAGGUCUUCCUGGUCGUGUUGGCCCAGCAGGUCAGAAAGGGUCAAUUGGUCUGUCUGGUGAGAAGGGUGUACCUGGAGUGAGAGGCAAGGCUGGACCGAAAGGAGAAAAAGGCAACAUUGGAUUGCGAGGUUCUGUUGGAUUGAAAGGAGAACGAGGUGACGUAGGACCAAAAGGUGAAAAUGGAGUAAAAGGAGAAGUUGGUCGUAAAGGAGAUCAAGGCAUUCGAGGUCCAGUGGGUCCAAGAGGUUUAGAAGGAGUUAGAGGAUUUCCUGGAUCCAAAGGAGAGGUAAGUUUAGUUUACUGUUUAUUACCAGAGGCCUGGAUAUCCAGGCUAAUCAUAAGCAAUGAUGUCAUGUGUGGAGCAUGUGAAGUCUAUUGUAUUGAAGUAACAACAGGUUACUGCGCAUUGCAGCUCUUUGUUCUCUACAAGAUGGCAGCACAUUUUGUUGUGGAAAUUGUGCUGUUAUUUUCAUGGCUUCAAGUGAUCUUUUGUGUUGAGAAAUCAUCAGCAGUCUCUUGUGAUGCAGCUGUUGUUACUGGUCCUCGAGGUCUUCCUGGUCCUGUGGGUCAGAGAGGCAUGCCUGGGGUACCAGGAACACAAGGCUUGUCAGGCUUACAAGGUUUACCAGGAGCAUUUGGAAAGACGGGAGAUCCAGGUCCUGUCGGCGUACAAGGUCUUCCUGGUCGUGUUGGCCUAGCAGGUCAGAAGGGGUCAAUUGGAUUGCAAGGUGAGAAGGGUGUACCUGGAGUGAGAGGCAAGGCUGGACCGAAAGGAGAAAAAGGCAACAUUGGAUUGCGAGGUUCUGUUGGAUUGAAAGGAGAACGAGGUGACGUAGGACUAAAAGGUGAAAAUGGAGUAAAAGGAGAAGUUGGUCGUAAAGGAGGUCAAGGUAUUGAAGGUCCAGUGGGUCCAAGAGGUUUAGAAGGAGUUAGAGGAUUUCCUGGAUCCAAAGGAGAGAAAGGUUCACAAGGUUUGCAAGGCAUUCCUGGAUUAACUCCACUUUCUGAAAUAAAGAAACUUGAAAGUUUGGUAACAAGAUUGUACAAUGAACUGAAGGUUCCCAGGGUGUCUGUUGGUGAUGAAGCUGGUACAUGCAACAUGAGCACAUCAGGUUAUUUGUUCUACCACAAUACUAAGAAAUCUCUGCUGUUUUGUGAUUCUGAGCAGUGGGUUGAGAUAUCAUCAAAAUCGAAACCAUAUAAAUCUUGUUCUGCAGGUGAACAUAAGAUCAACUCUCUUCAAUUUGUGCAGAAAGUCAACUCUCUGUCACCUGUAAAGGUUUAUUGUGAUUAUUCUGUGAUCUCUAGUGGGUGUGCACUUGUGUGGAAACACUCAUAUUUUCAAGUUGGAAAUCCAACUGAUGACAUGCGUACUUUCAAUUCAGUCGAUCGUCCAUGUACUGAUCUGUCUGAUGGUUGGUGUAAUGUGGGUAACAAGGAUAAUGUUCCUGGUAAUGUUCAAUUGACAGUUGCUUAUCACGAAGGAGAAGUUGUGUAUGCAUAUCGUGGUGAUCGUAAUUCUGAACUGGGAAAGUCAUGGCGUGGAGCAAUACUCAACAAUCCAGUCAAAAUUACAGAUCAUUGCACAGAAGGAAAUGGGAUUCCUCCAGAGCCAAGUAUUCGUUCAAAUGGAAUACCGGGAUUGACAUUUGACAAAUGGAAUCCUGGUGUAUACACUGGUAAUGAUACAGAUACAUACAAAACUAUGUAUGACUGUCGUUGGGAGAAUUGUCUCUUACCUUCAUCUAUCUCAUCCAAAACAAAUCAUGUACAAAUGACAGUUGCUAUAUUUCUUUGUUGACUUUGCACACAGCACUUUAUGGGGUAGUUGCAUGUUGAUCUUGUUUGCAUUGUAUGAAAUGUAACAUCUAGUAUUGUGAACCUUUGUCUUUCUUGUCAGCACUUCACAGCAUCAUUUGCUUUUGUUGUGUUUCUGAUUUCCAACCAUAAAAGUUCAUUACGU